AAUUUUUCUAUUACAAUGCAAGAUUCAGAAUACGACAUCCAGGUUAUUGAGAGUCUAGACCAGGAAAUCAUAGAAGAGAAGAAGCUUGAAGACCAACUUGGUAUCAGACAACCUCUAGAUAUGAGGUUUUACACUUUGAGACCAGAGGAUGAACUUGAUCUUCUGGAAGAUCUGCCAUUUCCAGACAUCCUAAAAAAUUACAGAGCAAGAAGAGACCCGCAUAGAAAAUUCACACUUUUCGUAGACUCCUUACUUAGAAGAAAACGAUAUGUAAUGAGAGCAGAAGUAAUGAAUGAUCAAAGAAAGACUCCACCGAAAGAUCACUUAAGCUUACAUGCUUUGCACGAUAUUGAGUUCAUAGAGGAGCCAGGUCUCCACAGUUGGGAUAAUAUUGGAACAGAUCCCCUCCAGUUCAGCAGAAGAAGAAGGAAGCAGAAUAGAAUAGUACCCAAUAUUCCCACAAAGCCAGGGCCUAUCACAAUCUGCAUUUCUGACAGUGAUAGCCCAGUCAAUGAGAUGACCUACCAACCUCAGUACAAACAUCCUCGUUUCCAAAGAUUCUAAGUCCGUUAAUUUCAACAAAAUAUCAUUCAAUAUUUCA